AUGGCUACUUCCUUGCCCUACACCCUCAACCUCAGCAUACCGUUCGAGUCCGCAAGACAGGCCGAAAUCGCCUGCAAGACAUUGUCGCCAGAUCCGAUUUUGAAGGUCAACGAACUCAACGUCAAAUACUCUCAUGACUCGAACACCUUGACAUGUGCCUUUUCUGGAGUCAGCGACAGAGUGAUCAGGGUGGCUGUGAGCAAUGUGAUAGACAAUAUCAAGACUAUUAUAGAAUGCAUGGAUGAGUUUGACGGAAAGGAGGACGAGUUGUUUCAAUAG